UUCCAGCACCUAAGUAGGGUGUAUUAAGUGACUAAUCAAAACCUGAAGAAUUUAAGAGCCGCGUUGUUUCUAAAUUUUGCAAGUUUCCAUUCAUUCUAUCCUUCUACCUUACUCAUUUUUCUUACCUUACCAUAUCAUCUUGUAUAUUUUAUCCCAUCAUGGCUCCUGUAAAGCUCGCAGACUACCUUUUCACUCGGUUACGUCAACUCGGUGUAGAGUCUGUUCAUGGCGUUCCUGGAGAUUUCAAUCUGACUAUGCUAGACCAUGUUGAGCCCGCAGGCCUUAACUGGGUUGGCAACACCAACGAGCUCAAUGCCGCGUAUGCUGCCGAUGGAUAUUCUAGGAUAAAAGGGCUCGGCGCUAUUGUGACAACAUUUGGUGUUGGGGAGCUAUCGGCAAUUAAUGCCAUUGCAGGCGCCUAUGCUGAAUUUGCACCUGUCGUACAUAUUGUGGGCACUCCUGCCCGGCAGAUCCAAGAGGAACGAACCCUGGUGCAUCACACUUUGAAUGACGGCGAAUUCAAAAGAUUUUCACAAAUGCAUGCACAUGUCACUAUUGCGCAGACUCGGCUUUGGGAUCCCAUGACUAGCGCUGAGCAAGUCGACAACAUCCUAGUUCAGUGUCUCUUGCACUGUCGACCAGUGUAUGUGGAGCUCCCUGUUGAUAUGGUGGACGCCAUUGUUUCUGGAGACAGAUUGCAAACGCCAAUUCUGAUCCCAGAACCGCAGCCUACUCCCAACUUGGAUGACGUUCUUCUCAAGAUUAUCAGCAAAAUCGAAGCCGCUAAACAGCCCGUCAUUUACGUGGAUGGUGAGAGCAGGCCUCUUCGCAUCGUAGAAGCGGUGCAGCAGUUCGUAUCAAUGACGAAAUGGCCAACCCUAACGUCUCCUUUUGGCAAGGGAUUGAUGGAUGAAACAGAGCCCAACUUUAUUGGCGUCUACCAAGGAAAAUUUGGACCAAAGGCUGUUCACGAUUUUGUGACAGGGACUGAUUUAGCACUCUGCUUUGGCCCCCACUACAGUGGCACCAACACCUACAUGUGGAACAGUAUUCCGCAAAGCAAAGAGACCAUUGAGUUCACCACCUCGGGAAUCAAAAUAGGUUCAGACUUUUACCGAGACGUAUCUACUAGGCUGGUUCUUUCUCGCCUCCUCAAGGAGCUUGACAUGUCAAAGAUCGCCUCUUGUAGCUCAAUGCUUGACUUGCCCAGAUACCAACUUCUCGCACCAUCAUCAAUCGCAGCCGACGACAUUAUCAAGCAAGACAAAGUAUGGAAAGUUCUGGGUAAUCUCAUUCAGCCUGGUGAUAUUGUUAUGGGUGAAACAGGCACACCUGGUUUCGGUGUUCGCGAGAUGCCAAUGCAAAAGCACUGCCGUGUUUUCAGUCAUGUCACUUGGUUAUCUAUCGGUUAUAUGCUUCCAGCCGCCCAAGGAGCUGCCCUCGCCCAAAAAGAGCUCAUUGCUGCUUCAAAAUGGCAUAACAUUAGCACAGCCAAAACUAUUCUAUUUAUUGGAGAUGGUAGCUUCCAAAUGACGGUACAGGAGAUGUCGACUAUGAUUAAACACAAUCUUAACGUUGUAAUUGUGUUGAUUAAUAACGACGGAUACUCUAUCGAGAGAUUCAUUCAUGGGAGAAAGCAAACAUAUAAUGACGUUGCAAGGUGGCGCUACAUCGAAGCUCCAAGCUUUUUUGGUGCCCCUAAAGAUACAUAUACUGCUUCUGCCAAAACAUGGUUCGAGCUGAAUGCUAUCCUAGAGAGGUAUAAGUUGAAUAAUGCCGAGGGUCUGUCUAUGUUUGAGGUGGUAAUGGAAAGAGAGGAUGCCCCUCCUGGACAAUUGCAGAAAGUGUUAGAGAUGCAGAUUGAACGGGAACUAAAGAAUUGAGGCUACAUAUAAUACUAAACAAAGAAAAAAAACGCAAUACAUUUCACUGAGAAACGCGAGCAUGAUAGAAAUUGAUAGAGAUUCUUUUUAUCAAUGCGACUGGUGAAUUAUCAUCCCAC